AUGGCCGCUUCUCCCUCUCCCGACGCGCCUUCAGGCUCCGUCUUCCUCGGUGUUGACGUCGGCACCGGCAGCGCUCGUGCAGGUCUGUUUGAUAAGAAAGGAAAGCUUCUUGGUUCGUCAAGCAGCCCAAUUCAGAUAUGGAAAGAUGGUGCCUGUGUUGAGCAAUCUUCUACAGAUAUAUGGCUUGCAGUUUGUGCAGCUGUAAAAUCAGCUUGCUCUAAAGCUAAAGUUGCACCAACAGAAGUUCAGAGUCUAGGAUUUGCAGCAACUUGUUCUCUUGUUGCAGUGGAUUCUGACAGCUCACCUGUUUCGGUUUCUUGGAGUGGUGAUUCAAGAAGAAAUGUAAUUGUAUGGAUGGAUCAUAGAGCCGUAGAGCAAGCUGAAAGGAUCAAUUCCUCUAAAUCACCUGUAUUGGAGUACUGUGGUGGAGCUGUUUCACCUGAAAUGGAGCCUCCAAAGGUACUAUCUGAAGCAGUUCCAUCAUUUCUCUACUGGCCCCUGUACACAUUAUACUGUCUAGUAACUUCUAUUGCAAGCAUUCUCUGGCUUACAUGCUGUUUUGUUGUAAAAAAGGAAAUUAAUUGCAGAAGUUUAGAGUAUGGGAAUGAUUGCAUAUCUGUUGAUGAUGGCAAUGAUCUCUGA